UACCUGGGCAAUAGUGCAAUGAAGUAGUAAGGCUAAUACCGGCGUUCCAUUACUUCCAAGCUGGCAAAGUCACCUGGCUGAUGAGGUCAGAGAAGGACCUGCAAACAUGCUCAGCUGUGGAGACCAACUCCUGCUUUAUAGCAGACUGCUGAGCUGGAAAGAAAAGAGAUUCUUUCACAGCACCUGAAUGCAGCAAACUCCCUGUAUAACUCUUUAUAUGACUCCAAUUCAAGGACCCUCAACCUCUACUGCCUGCUGUUCUUCAGGAAUUCGAUCCCUGGCCCAAGGUACCUUCACAAACCAUUCCAAAAGGAAGAGUUUCCAUGACAAAAUUAUGGUUGAUGAUCUUAAGAGGGCAGACCAGCGGGUCUGGUACCAGAAGAAGAGGGAUGAAAGACUGAAACAACAGCAUACUGACAGGCAAGAGGAAAGGCUGGGGCUCACCACCCAGGUAGAGAACAGGGUUUCAGCGAGGGGGCUGGCACUUGGAAAGCAGUUCCUGGAACAGGAAUGGUGGCUUAGGGAGGGAGACAGAGCUCAACAGGGAACUGUUUCAGCGACUCCUGUCCAUAAUGGCUGCCAGAAUACCAUCUCCUGUUGCCUCCCCCACACCACAGCACGAUCAUCCUGCAACAUACCUCAGAUUCAUACAGGAUUCAAAAGCAGUGGGACAGGACAACUAAACUCCAUGCAGCCUUCCUUCUUCAACUCUUCUCUAAUGGAAACAUCCACCUCCCUACCCCACUGCCAAGUGAAGGGAAAAUGUGUAAAGAAGGGAAAGGAGAACAUGGGGCGAGAGAACAUGUAGUGGCAUGGGGAUUGUGUCAGGUAUUAAGUAUUUUGUGUGUGUGUGUGAUUGUGUGUGUGUGGUUUUGUUAAGGCAGCUGGUCUGACCAACAUUGUUUGAGUGUUUUGCUAUUUUAAGACUUGUUUACAAAUAAUAUGCUUCAUGUUUUCAAAAAAGUUUAUUGUUAUCAAUGCAUCACAUCAUGCAAUCAUGAUUUGGGAUAAUAAAGCUGCAUUCUAGGGGUUAUUUCCAACUUGUGUUCUGGAAAAGGCAGAAGAUUUUGCUUGUAUUAGUAGUAAAUUUAAAUGAUAAUAUAAUAAUAAUAUAAAAAAGGACUUGGAAAAUUAUUUGUACUUUUUUUUGUUCUUUUGCAGGGAUGAUAGGAGCUGAACUAUCUUGCUGUGUUCGUGAGGAGCCAAUAAAAACAGCUUAAUUCUUGUAACAAUAUUUAAAGAGAAAUUAGUAAGUGACAACACAUAUUAAUGAGGUUCUCUGACAUGGCUCUUGAGAACAUGAAAAAGAGAAUAAGAGGCCACAAUUAACAUAUACUGCAUUUAAUGGUAUAUAUUACUGACCCAUGUGUAAGGCCAAACUCUUCCCUGGUGUAAACUGGCACAGUUUCUUUGACUUAAAUGGAACCAUGCCAAUUGACACCAGCAGAAAAUUUGGCUCAUUAAAUUGAUGCCCACAUGACAGAAUUAAGACUUGCAAGCUGUCUCACUGAACAAUGCACACGAGAGCUGUAUCCCAGCAUUUGACAGAUAGAAAAAAUCUGAUGGACGGACGGACGGACACACACACACACACACACACACACACACUGCACAAGGAUAAAAACCUUUCUCUUGCUUUGGUCUGGUUUAGGGUUGGAAAUGAAGGGUUGGGACUGGAAGGAAAGAAGCAGUAAUGUUUAUUCAAGUUGUCUGGUUUUAAUAUUAAAACACUUAUCUCCAUUUGGCUUCAGCUUUGGUUUUAACACACUUACCUACCUCUUCUCACUGUGAAGGGCUUUGAUGGAUUCAUGAGCUUUUAACAAUUCUGCCUUAAUAGAGGCUAUUGCCUAUGGAAGAAAGAGAGAAGAUUCUGUUUUGAAUUUUACCAGUGUGGUGCUUGUAAUCAUAUUUGCUGUGUAAACCUUGCUGUAAGCAAGUAAUAUCACAUUUAGGAUAUGUCUACAUUACAGUUUUUGUCUUGAGUUAUUUGACUGCCAUUAACUUGAGGUAUUAGCACAUUUCUAACAGUCUGGAUACUUCUCUAUGGAUCACACUUUUCCACUGUGCCUGGAAGCAGAUCCUCAGGAACCCCUAAGCAUCUUGAUUUAGCGCAUGUCUGGUACAGUUCUGGUACAUCCUAUAUCUACCUUCUGACAAAACAGGACUCUAGGACUUCCAAUCUGUGUCUUUUAAAGCAGCACUGAAAAACCAGCAUGAUGUCAGUGUAGAACAAAAAAGAAGGAUAAAGCUCCUCAGAAAGAAUUCUCAGCUCAUGGAGAAACUAAACAAGUCAAUAGCCAGCAUGACAAAACCCCAGGCUAC